UUUCGGAAUCAAGAAUCUUUCAAAUGGCUAUGGUGCCAAAGAACCUCGCAUGGUCUCUCAAAGUUCCAAGCGUACAAGAGCUUGCAAGACAAAAGCUUGAGAUUGUUCCGGUGAGGUAUGUGAGAGAUGAUCUCAUCGUCAAUACUCCUUCUGAUCUGUCACUUUCUGUACCGUUGAUUGAUAUGACCAACUUGGUCAACCCUCGGCCUAGCCGUGAUGAGCUUCACAAGCUUCAUUCUGCAUGCAAACACUGGGGCGUGUUUCAGUUGAUAAACCAUGGAGUUUCGAUUGAAUUGUUAAGCAACAUGAAGAAGCAAGUUCGAGAAUUUUUUGAUCUUCCCUUGCAAGACAAAGAACAAUGGGGACAGAAACCAUGAAGUAAUGAAGGCUAUGGUCAUAUGUUUAUAAUGUCAGAAGAACAAAAGCUUGAAUGGAAUGACAUUUUAUUCCUUAAAGGUCUUCCUUUUCAAAGUACCAAAAUGAACGCUUGGCCUCAUAACCCUAAUAAAUUUAGGGAAACAGUGAUGAAAUAUAUAGAAGGCAUGAGAGAAGUUGCAAUUUCUAUAGUGAAGUAUAUAAGCAUGGUGCUUGGGAUAGAAGAUUCAGGAUUGUGUGAGGCUUAUAAAGAAGGGAAUUAUGACAUAAGGAUGAAUUUGUAUCCACCUUGCCCUCAGCCUGAGAGAGUGAUUGGCCUCAAUCAACAUAUUGAUGUUCAUGGGAUUACUCUGUUGCUUGAUUGUGCUCAUUCUCCAGCAUUACAGGUUCUCAAGGAGGGUAAUUGGGUCUUUGUUCAGCCUAUCGAACAUGCCCUUGUUGUCGACCUUGGUGGCAUUAUUGAGAUAAUGAGCAAUGGGAUAUACAAAUCACCAAUUCACAAAGCAGUGGUAAACAAAUCGGAGGAGAGAAUUUCAAUUGUGACUUUAUGCAAUCCGAAUCCAUCAUUUACAAUCGGUCCUGCUGAACGACUCAUCAACUCCGGAAUGCCAGCUAUGUACAAGACAGUCACAUUGGAUGAAUACUUUCAAUGCUUUUACAAUUCAAAACCUGGAACCCUGUUCAUGGAUAAUCUUAAAUUAUAAUUCCAAUUAUUACUAUAAAAUGGUGCAAUAAAUUCCUACAGAAGGAAUAGA